AUGGACAUCACGGCCCCCGUCGGCAUCGUCGGUGAUCCGUAUCUGUACGACAAGCAGUACGGGUUCACGAUGACGCCGGACCAGCUGCGGAAUCCGGCGCGGAACCCGAACGAGGUCGUCCGGCCCAGCCGCCCCAUCUACCGUAACCCGAACGAGGCGCCGCUACGCAAGCUUACGGUGGAUCUCAUCAAAACCUACAAAAACAUCAAUGAGUCGUUCUACGCCCGGAAGCAACGGCGUCACGAUGCGCACCAGGCUGUUCAUCCCACGGCCUCUGGUGUUCACCAAUCGAUGGCCCAACAACAGCAGCAACCACCACCCCAACAGCUGCAACAGCUGCAGCAGCAGCAGCCCCAGAGCUCCGGCCUGCAACAACAACAACAGCAACAAGUACAGCAGCAGCAGAUGAUGGCCCAACAACAGCAGCAGGCCCAUAUGCAGCCAACGAAUGACUACGUGCUCCAGCAACAACAGAUCUACCAGCAGCAGCAUAAAUUCGAGCCCCUGCAACAAAUCCCGGACCCAAUCGCCCACUCCAGCCACCAGGACCCGAACUCUUUCGACCCGAACAAGUCGGCCAGGCAACGGGCUAGUCGCAACGGCCCGAACAACGACGGCUACGACGAUGUCAACUUUGACUAUAUCGUCAAGGAGGGCGAAUUUUUCAACAAUCGAUACCUUAUUAUGGGACCGAUUGGGAAAGGGUCGUUUGGUCAAGUGACGAAGGCGUAUGAUAAGGUCGAAAAAGAGUACGUGGCGAUAAAAAUCAUCAAAAACAAGAAGACGUUCUUCGACCAGGCCCAGAUUGAGAUUAGGCUGUUGGAGAUGAUGAAUCGACACGAUUCGGAGGGGAAAUAUAAUAUUGUGCAACUGAAGUCCCACUUCGUCCAUCGCAACCACCUCUGUCUCGUAUUCGAGCUGCUCAGCUACAAUCUCUACGACUUGUUGCGAAACACCAACUUCCGAGGUGUCUCCCUGAACUUGACGCGGAAGUUUGGGCAGCAACUUGCCAAGACGCUGCUCUUCCUGUCUACACCCGACUUGUCGAUCAUCCACUGUGACUUGAAGCCGGAGAAUGUGUUGCUUUGUAACCCGAAGCGGUCCGCCAUCAAGAUUAUCGAUUUUGGGUCGUCUUGCCAGACGGGCCAUCGGAUAUACCAAUAUAUUCAGUCAAGAUUCUACCGCUCUCCCGAAAUCCUGCUCGGCAUCGCUUACGACACGAAAAUCGAUAUGUGGUCGCUGGGCUGUAUCCUGGUGGAGAUGCACACCGGCGAGCCGCUCUUCGCCGGCUCCUCCGAGUUGGACCAGAUGAUGAAGAUCGUCGAGGUGUUGGGGAUGCCGCCCAAAGAGAUGUUGGAUCAGGGGCCGAAAACGAAGAAGUAUUUCGAUAAGACUGAAGAUGGUGUCUACUACUGCAAACGUGCUCGUGGCAGCUACACGAAACCGUACGAGCCGCCUGGCCACCGAAAACUUCAUGAUAUCCUUGGAGUAACCAGUGGAGGACCACAUAGCCGGAGAGCUGGUGAAGCUGGGCAUUCUGUCGAGGACUACUGCAAGUUCAAGGACCUCAUCAAGCGUAUGCUCACCUACGACCCCAAACUGAGGAUAUCCCCGCAUUUCGCGAUGCGACACCCAUUUUUGAAGAAGACCAAGGAGGAGCAGGGCUCAAGUAUGGCAGCCCCACAACAACAACAACCCCAACAAGUCCAACAAGCGCAGGAGACGCCGCGAUACGCGCAGGAAAUGUGGGGCAGUCAGCAGAUGGACACGAGCGAACCGAUGGACCCGAAUGCACAGCAGCAAAUGGGAUAUGCGCAAAUGCCCGGGCCGUCGGCUGUGCAGAUGCCACCACAGAUUGAUUACACCCGCCGGGACAACAACGACCCAACGAAGCCGAAUUUCGGAGGCCACUUUUCGUACUCGACGAACGAUAUGUACCAUCCGAAUAUCCGUUUCCAUCGAGACCAAAAGGGGCACAUCAAGGCCACCUUCAAGCUCAGGAACAAGAGCGACUAUCGGCAGGCUUUUAAAGUAAAAUGCUCACGGAACGAUCUGUUCAAAAUUAGGCCGCCGAUGGGGCUACUCGACUACAAGCAGGAGGCGGUCAUCGAGGUCGACUUCAAACCAAAAGACGGGGAGCUGCCCAGCGAGGAGCGCCACUUCUUCGGCAUCUACCAUAUCCCGGCACCGGAAGGCUGCACAGCCGAGGGUGCCUGGUCCGAGCACUACGGUGUCGCGCAAGGGGAAUGCCGCGUGAAGGUCCAGUUCGACAUUUUAAAGGACAUGUACGAGACGAAG